UCCCGCGCCCAGCCCGGUCGGAGGUCGCUGAGCUCCUGAGCCAGCGCUGUGGCGCACGCGCUUCGCCGCCAACUUCUGUGGGCGCCGGCGAGUCGGCGUCGGGGGGACGCGGCAAGCAGCGGCUGCGGCUACAUCCGGGAGUCACUAACUGCUUCUAGCUCCGGGCCGUAGUUUCCCUCAGGGUCCGCAAGUGGGAAGUUUGCCCCUUCGUGCGACCUGGCGCACACUUGGUGGAUGCUGCAGGCUCGGCUCUGCGGACGCGGUGGCCAUGGUGCCUGGGCCUGCCCACUAGCAGCCUGCCAUGUCUUGGGAAGCAGGCUCAUGCCGUGUGGGCACUGGGGCGAGGGCACGGUCACGGAAGCCCAAGAAGCCACAUUACAUCCCACGGCCCUGGGGCAAACCCUACAACUAUAAGUGCUUCCAGUGUCCCUUCACCUGCCUGGAGAAGUCACACCUUUACAACCACAUGAAGUAUAGCCUCUGCAAAGACUCCCUCUCUCUGCUGCUGGACUCCCCUGACUGGGCAUGCCGCCGCAUGUCCUCCUCACCCAGGCCCCAGGCCCCCACUCCCAACCACCCCACAGGUCUCUCAGACCCUGGUAGCCAGCCCACUGUGUCAGACCUCCUUGUCACUGAAAGCUUCUCCCAGCGUCGUUGUGGCAGGGACUCCAAAUCUGGGCCUGAGAGAUCCCCAGGGUCACUGCCCCCUCUGACUAGGACCAUCCAGAAGGGUCCAGGCCCCAGUGGCCUCCUGGCAGAGUCAUGGAAGCCAGGUCUGGGUAGUGGUCUGAUAAGUGGAGGUCUGGGAACUGUAGCUUCAGCAGGCUCUGAGAGUGUCCCCUGCUAUCCGCCACCUGCCCAUGGUGAAUUCCCUGAGGCUCAGAGCCUCCACCUAUCACUGCUGGGUGUCAACUACCCUAUUGGCCCUGGCCUCUUCUCCUAUCUGGGGCCCUCACUGGCGGCUGCUGCGGCCCACAUGCCCUUCUUGGCUUCAGCUAGCCCUUUGUUGCCCCCAGCAGCCUUCCCAGCCCCUCAGACACCAGAGCGCCCAGCCCUGGCCCCCCGCCUGUACUACCCACUGCUCCUAGAGCACAGCCUGGGGUUGCCAGCAGGCAGAGCCACCCCUGCCAAACCCUCUGUGCUCCCCAAAGGGCCUCCUGGGGCUCUGCCUGCUUCUGGGCUGCUCAAAGUGCCUGUUCCAGGGCUAGGAGGGCCCUGGUCCCAUGGCAUUUCCAGGGAUCUAAGGCAUGAGGGAGAGUUGGAAGGAACUGCUCAGAGUGACCCUGAGAAGAGGCUCCCCCUAGGGAACAGGAUUGAGCUCCCAAAGACCCCCUUGAACCUGGAAAAAUUUGGAUGUCAGAGCAGCCUGUCAACAGGCUCCUCCCUGGUGCUCUGGCCUGAAGACAAGGAGCUAGAUGACCCUGAAGCCACAGGCCCUGAAAUCCUCUUUCUACAGCAGUCACGAGGCCCAGUGCUGGGAAGUCCAGGUCCAAUGGGAGAGGACCUGACCCAGGCCCUUGGUGACUAUGCGAGGGUGGAACAGUGCUUGGGGCAGCUGACACCAGCUGGGGGUCUAGCCCCCCGACCUCUACGGGAACAGCUGGGCAAGAUACGCCGUGAGCUAUUUACCAUCCAUCAGGCACUGGCCCAAGCAGCAAGGCCACCAGAUACACCCCUGGACCUCUCUGUGAAGCGGGUGCCCACCAAGGGAACCAAGGCCCCUGAAGAGUCCUGGAGACUGCCUAAGCCAGGCCCCAUGCUGGCAAAGGGGACCUCUGAGCCCUCCAGCAUGCUGGGUCCUGUGGCACUUGAGCCCUUUUCUAGCCGUACCACCAAGUGUGAGGCUGACUCCAGUGUCCCACUUCCUGUCCUCCCACUCCAGGCUCCUGAGGAUCCUGUCAUUCCUGGUAGUGGUUGGGGUACCCAUCUUGGGGCUGGGAAUUCUCAGACCCUUAAAGAUACACCUAGCUUGCAGAUCCCUCCAGGUACUGAGGUCUGUCCACAGCCAUCUUAAUGUGUGAGCCCCACUCCCUGAACCAGGCCCCACUCCCUAGGCCUGUCCAAUGUCAGUGUGCAUGUGUGCUGGACAGAGCCCUUCCCCCAGCCUGUGAUAGAGGCUUGUCUCUGGGGUCACAUGGAAAUAGCAAGGUCUUGAUUAUUUAUUGAACACAGUUGUGGACAUUAAAAUAUACUCCAUCUUCAAA